AUGGAGUAAAGACUCGGUCAGGUUCAUUACUGCGUAGGAACUCCACCGAUCCGCCAGUCAUCGAAAGUAGUUAGGAAACUUGCCUCAAAGUCACUUCUCACAACAACUCCGGUGGCACUCUACACGAGGAUGCAUCGCCACCAUACAACAAUCUGGAUAAGCGGCGAUGCAGUGUAGCUUUCCCCUUCUCUGCUGCUGGUGGUGCCUGCUGCUACUCACCGCUCAUUCAGAAGCCCGGUCGGCCCCUUGCCCCCUCAUAGGGGCCAAAGACGUAUCCACUAAGGCCUACCUUAGCCCACUCGUCUUUCAUGGUCGAUUGCUCGCAUUGGACCGAAGAGGUCCCGCUAUCUUGCAAGCUACAUUUAGAGUCGAUAAAGUGUUUAAAGGCGGGCCACUUAAAUCUGGUGCGACAGCCCCGGUGGAGUUUGCUAUCCGGUUCAGCCCCUCGAGGUGCAGGGGUGCACCUUACCAGGAAGGGGAGCUGCAGCUUGCGGAACGUUAUGUUGUGUUCGCGGCUUGGAGGCGCCCCCGCAGAAUGAUUGCCGUGGCUCGACCAGAGCCUUAUUCAAAGAGGAAAGCAGUAGCUAAAGUGCUAUGUCCGAACUGUGCAAAACCACCGUCCAUAAGAGGUUUAGUUGAUGAAAGAGCAAAAAUGCAUGCCAAAGUGAAACUGAAAUGCCGUAUCUCAGGGAAUCCACCACCGAAAGUGGUCUGGUUUAAAGACGGUCUCAAGUUAAAGCCCGACGGUAGAGUAAAACUCAGGGCAAAAAGGAAAUAUUCCCAUUUAAUUAUCAAUAAAGCAAACCUUAGUGAUAUAGGAGAGUAUGAAUGUAUAGCAACAAAUGUACUGGGAAACGCAACAGCCUCAGCAACCGUCAGUAUAUCAACAAUAACAACAGAUUCUACGCUAUGGCCCUUUGUAAAUGAACCCUGUCCGAAAAAAAAUUUCUGUUUGAAUGGAGGAGUUUGCAUAUACAUAGCCGUUGUUAAAGAAUAUGCUUGCGAGUGUGCCGAAGGUUACGGAGGGCAACGUUGUCAAAACAAGGCAAUAUCUACUUUGAGUAAUGACACGGCAACUUUUUGAAUAUUUUUGUCUCAUUGGCAAGAACAGUUCCUGUUUUAGUAUAUGUUGACAUUGAUUUUCAAGAAGAAGAAUAAUGCAUCACCUGCUGGUCAGAGAAACUUUCAUACGCAAGAGCUGGUCUCGUGCUCUCAUGUACAUAAAUAAAUUCUAUUUUAUUACGAAAUUAAAAGGACAAAAGUGUGAAAUGGAAGAGUUACAAAGGUGUUUAAAUAGGAACUUGGAAUUUUUUUUUGAAAAGAAAUGGAAUGUAAAGAACUAAAAGAACAAAAUUCAGAGCAGGUUUAGACAUGCUUAAAAAAUGCAGAAGAUGCUGUGCUUAAUUUGCUCUGGAUAUUAUUUAUUAGACCGUCCUCUUUGAAUGACUGAUCUGUCUACUUUCUCAUUCAUAAUUUAAUGCCUCAAAUUCAUCUGCAGAACAUUCUGAUUUAUCUGUCAGAUUCAUCAUUCUGAAUCUGGAACUGAUUCAUAUUUCCUUAGAUACUUUCUGCUUGUAAAAAGGUAGAGGCAAGUGUGUGAUUCAUUUUUGUAUUAUAUAUGCGCUGUAUAAAAAUCAUAACUAUGUUCCUCAGAGGGAAAUGGAAGACUCAUAAUUGUAAAGAAACAGAAGUGCAACUUGGCAAAAGUGCAACAUGAUAAAAACAAAUGCAGUUGAAUGGAAAGAAAAAACUAUGCUUGUAUAUAUGAAUAGAAGUUUUUUCUAUUAAAAGAACCCUAAAUUGAAAAUAUAAAUGUAAGUGCCAUUUUUGAUUUUAAAAAAAAUGGAGAUAUAUGUUUUGAAGUAUCAAAACUUGUAAACCAUCUAAGCUUGUCAAUCCCAUAUUAAGAAAUUUUAAAGUCGUAUUUGUUAAGUGAGAUACUAGAUAUCAAAAUCUGCAGAGCUCAUACCAAAGUAUUUUAAGCACUUUUGGGCUAUUUAAAUGAGCUUUAAAGUUGUAAGAGUAUGUUAAAGUAUGAUUGAAUAUUCUAGUAGAAGAAAGUGCUAAAUGGUAUUUUAAAAGCACUCAAAUGUUUGGCUUUAAGACAUGAAAGUCAGAUCAUUAUUUUUCUCAGACUUAAAAUAAAACGACUUUAUUUUCUUAAUAUCAAUAAAAUGUCAUUUAAUGUAUUUUUUUCAUUAAGUAUUUUAUUAUGAUCAACAAUUUAUGUAAAAUUAUCAAAAAGAAAAAAAAUUUAAUCAUAAAUAAACCAUUAUACUGAUUCUCACUGUCAACUGAGGCUUAUAAAUAGCUGUUGCUAUUAUUAUGUUUUUGUAGGAAUAAAUAUUAAAAGAACAAUGAAGAAAAAGUAAAAAUGCUUGUUUUGUGGUAAUAAAAACAAAGUUUGUAUUUGUUUUCUUCAAAAUGCUGAUAUUAUAAAGUUUAAUUAGUAAAUCUCAUGAUUUUGGUAUGUGCUUUUCCAUAUUCACAUUUGAAAAUUGCUUAAAAUAUACCUCAUAAAUAGCAAAUCAACUUUCAAUAAAAUAAUUAAAUAUU